AUGAAAAUCUUUGCCUUGUCUGCUAUUGUUGCCACAGUGCUUGCCACUGUCUCUGAAGCUGCUGUCUCCAGAAUCGCCAUCAAGAAAGUAGACGAAUCCCCCUCUGAAAAGCUUCAACGUUAUGCUCAUACCGGUGAAUAUUUGACACAAAAGUACUUUGGUGCUAGCCGUUAUCAAGACAAGAGCGUUACACCUUUCCAAGUCAAGCCUGAUGGCAGUGUUGAGCAUGGUGUCCCUAUUUCCAACUACAUGAACGCUCAAUACUACGGUGAUAUUGAGCUUGGUUCUCCUCCUCAAACUUUCUCCGUCGUAUUCGAUACUGGUUCAUCCAACCUUUGGGUUCCUUCUACUCACUGUAACUCUAUUGCCUGUUUCAUGCAUCGCCGUUAUGAUUCUACUCAAUCAGAGACUUACAGAGAGAAUGGCACUGAUUUUGCUAUUCAAUACGGCACUGGCUCUCUCGAAGGGUUUAUAUCGCAAGACACAUUGCAUGUUGGUGGCAUCAAGGUCGAGGAUCAAGGCUUCGCUGAGUCUGUCAAGGAGCCUGGAUUCACUUUUGCAUUGGCCAAAUUUGACGGUAUCUUUGGUCUUGGCUAUGAUACUAUCUCUGUCAAGCAAACAGUCCCCCCCUUCUAUCACAUGGUCAACAAGGAUUUAGUCGAUGAACAGCUCUUUUCUUUCUGGCUUAACGAUAUCAAUAAGGGAGAUUCUGAUAAUGGCGGUGAGCUUGUGUUUGGUGGUGUCGAUCCCGACCAUUUCCAUGGCAACAUCACAUGGGCACCAAUCAGAAGAAAGGGUUAUUGGGAGAUUGAGCUCGAGAACAUCAAGUUUGGUGAUGAAUACAUUGAUUUGGAUCCUGUUGGCGCUGCUAUUGAUACUGGAUCCUCUCUCUUGAUUGCUCCUUCCACCGUUGCUGACCUGAUCAACCAUGAAUUGGGUGCUGAAAAGAACUGGGCUGGUCAAUACACUCUCGACUGUUCAGUCGUCCCUACUCUUCCUGAAUUCUGCUUUGUAUUCAAUGGUAAAGACUUUUGUUUGAAGGGCGAGGACUACGUGCUCCAGGUUCAAGACCAAUGUAUUUCUGGUUUUAUGGGUAUGGAUAUUCCUGAACCUGCUGGUCCUCUUUGGAUUGUUGGCGAUGUCUUCCUUCGUAAGUUCUACAGCGUUUAUGAUCUUGGUAACAACAGAGUUGGUCUUGCCAAGUCCAAGUAA